AUGGGACAGCUCAGAGAAUUGGAAAACAUGUUUAGUAAGAACAAGUACCCAAGUUGGACUGACAGGAAAAAACUGGCUUCAGCCCUCCACCUGGAUGAAUACAUAGUUAAGACUUGGUUCAAGAACCAUCGUAUCAAAUGGAAGAAGCAGCAGGGACAAACUCAGCCAAAGGUGCCACGAGAAGCACCAAACCGGACUGUGUCCGCAGAGAAGGAGAAAAUCCUGUUGGCCACAACUGCUUCAAAAAGUUCCUUGAGUCCUGGAAUUUCAGAAGCCCAUGGCCCUGUUCCACCUGAGUACCCUGGAACUGAGCAACCUAACGGUGCUGAUGCCUCCGCUUGUAUUUCAUCAUGGGAUUCUCAGCCUUAUGAUCUCCAAGAGAUAUUUCUGGGGUCCUCUCUUCCUCCUUGGGCCUCCAUUCUCUGUGACAUAGGCCUUUUGUGGAGUUGUAUGCCCUACCUGGUGAAGAUGAUCCCAGCAACUUUGAUCAGUAUCUCUUUCCCAAGGUGA